CAGUCGGAUUCCGGCUGCAAAGUGUGGAAAACAACAUCAAUUUCCAGUCUCCCUUAUGUCAUCUCUACCUUGUCUGGGAGUCUUGCGCCAAGACCGGAACGCUUAACAUCUCCUCCGCGUUCCUGCCGUAAGGAACUCGAGGAGACGACGUCCGUUUCCGGUUGGCUCCUGCUGGAAGGUUGAACGUUGAGUGUCCUGAGAGGUCAGAUUGCUGUCAGACAUGGCCCCUGGGCAUGGACACGGUCACGAUUAUCAUGAUAAAUUGGUACUUCCAGAUUACAAACAGUGGAAAAUAGAAGGGACACCGUUAGAAACAGUCCAGAAGAGGCUUGCUGUGCGAGGGCUGAAGGAUCCAUGGGCUCGCAAUGAGGCUUGGAGAUAUAUGGGUGGCUUUGCAGAGAAUAUCACCUUCAUGCACGUGUUGCUGAAAGGGUUCAAAUGGGGAUCUGCUGCAUUUGUGGCAGCUAUAGGGAUUGAAUAUUUCCUGACUUCCCAGAAUGAUAAGAAGAAUCACUGAAGACAGCACCUGGAAUUAUCUGGUGACUUCUUUCUCAUAAAAACAAGAUUUCCUCACUCUAGCGUCCUUGGCUGUAUGUUUGUCCUUGAAAGAAUGGUUUAAUAAAGUAAGGAAAAACUUU